ACCACGUGAAAGAGGUCUGCGCGGUUUGCAAUAUCAAUCUGCACCGGCCGUCUGAGCAUGGCAGAAGGAGGUUCUACCAGCAGGAAUGCUCUGCGACUCCUAUCGUGGAACAUUGACGGUCUAGACGAGCGAGACUUGGAGGAACGAACCACCGCAGUCUGCCAGUCUGUCUUGCUCAAGCAGCCCCAUGUCGUCUACCUCCAAGAGGUCAUCGCCCCCACUCUAUCCAUUUGCAGCGGAAACUGCCAAACUACCACGUCUUUGCCCCCAGUGUCCCGCCGGAGCCCUACUUUGUGGCGAUCCUCGUGAAGCGAGAUCCUAGCGGAGCCCUAGUGGCUGGGUCGCUCACUUCUCAGUCUUUCCCGGGGAGUUACAUGGGUCGCCAGUUAAUAAAACUGCCCCUCUCGUUUCACGGCUCUGAUUAUCUUCUCCUCACCUCACACCUGGAGAGCAUGAAGGACUAUUCGGCCGAGAGAAAGCAUCAGCUUCGUGCAGCGUUCGACGCGAUGCUAAAGGCAAGAGGCGAAGGGAAGUCCUGUAUAUUCGGCGGGGACUUGAACGUACGUGAAGCAGAGGUAAAAAGCGUCAAAGUCCCCGAUGGGGUUUUUGAUGCCUGGGAGGCAUGCGGGAGCGACAUGGAGUCAAAGUUUACUUGGGAUUUGAAGACGAACGACAACCUCAACUGGCCUUAUCCCAGCAGGCCACAGGCAAGAUACGACCGGGUCUACUGCACGUCUCCUACUGGUGGGACGCUGAGACCGACGCACUUUGAACUGGUGGGGCAAGAUCGUUUGCACGACUGCGGCCGUUUCCCUAGCGACCACUGGGGAAUGUGGGUGGAGUUUGACACCUGACUUAUCAAAUGACUCUGUUUUUGGGAUUGUAUCGAUGAUGUAAUUGUGUGUAAUCUCUUUCAGCCUCCCCUUUCCAGAUUUUUUGGAAAACAGGCUGAUAUGUAUAAUCACUCUUGAUUCCUGAUAAACUUUGAACCUUCCCUU